GUUGUUUGGUUCCAUCUUAUUGAACAAAAUUUUGUUUUUGGAUGAAAUCUUAUUGAACUAAUUAAAUGCUAUAUGUCCACUUCAAGUUCAACCUUCCCAUCAAGAAUCUCUUUUUUUUUCUCUACAAUAAAUCAAACUCUCUCUUUAAUUAAAUAACUAAUACCAACAAUCAAUUACCAAACCCAAUUCUUUUAUUUUUUUUGUUCAUCUUCUUUCAAUCACAUGUCAUCUUCUCCUUCUAGUCACAUACAUUAAUCACCAUUUGCAUACAUUAUGUACAUAAAUAUAAAUACUCUAGACAUAGAGAGAAUAAAAUUUGUUUCUCACCCUUGAAGUAAAGCAAGCAGCUUUAUUUUUGUUAACUUUUUAAUAUUCUCUCUCAUUUUCUGGUUUUUUUGGGAGUUUGUGCUCUCUCAUUGAGAUCUAUAAACAAAAGAUAAAAAAUGGGUCUCUUUCAAGAAAGCUUUACUAACUCAAGGGACACUCAAAGUACUGAUCUUUGCUCUUGUUCUUCUCAUUCUGAUCAUUAUUGUGACAAUAAUGAACUCAAGUUAAAAACCCUUGUAGCAAAAAUGGUUUGGCAACUUGGGUUUUCUUGUUUUUCACCAAAUGACAACAAAAAUAAAAUCAAGAAUGCAAAUUUGGAGCAUAACAAGGCUUGGUUAUUAGCUGAGUCUGGUGGUGGUGCAGAGUUGAUAAAUGGUGAUCCACAGUCAGUACAUUCUUCUUUUAGGUUUAGUUUUUGUUCUCAGGUUGAGCUUGAGUCAAUGAAUAUGAAUUCUUCAGCUAAUUCUGCAACUGUUUUAAUGGUGAAUUUGGAUAAUGGGUCGAUGAAUGAGUCUAGAAGAACUAAGGAAGUUAAAUGGAGGAGAAUUCAGUCUCUUGAGAGGAGUAUUUCUCCAUUGGCUAAUUCUUUAGUCAGAUUUAGUUAUAGUGAAAUUCUUGCUGCUACUUGUAGUUUCUCUAAAGGCAGAGUUUUGGGAAGAGGAGCUUUGAGCUUUGUUUUUAGAGGGAGAAUUGGAUUUUUGAGGACUUCUGUGGCUAUUAAGAGACUAGACAAAGAUGAUAAAGAAUCAUCAAAGGCAUUUUGUAGAGAAUUGAUGAUUGCUAGCUCUCUUCAUAACCCUAAUAUUGUGCCUCUUGUUGGUUUUUGUAUUGAUCCAGAAGAGGGUUUGUUCUUGGUAUACAAGUAUGUCUCUGGUGGUAGCUUAGAGCGCCAUUUACAUGAGAAGAAGAGAGGAGUGAAGGGUAGUGCAGCACUUCCUUGGUCGGUUAGGUAUAAGGUGGCAUUAGGAAUUGCACAGGCAAUUGCAUAUUUGCAUAAUGGAACUGAGCGAUGUGUUGUUCAUAGGGAUAUUAAACCUUCAAAUAUACUCCUUUCCUCCAAGAAAAUACCCAAGCUGUGUGAUUUUGGAUUGGCUACUUGGACUUCUGCUCCCUCAGUGCCUUUUCUUUGUAAAACUGUCAAAGGAACUUUCGGUUAUCUGGCUCCUGAAUACUUCCAGCAUGGGAAAAUAUCUGAUAAGACUGAUGUUUAUGCUUUUGGGGUGGUUCUCUUGGAACUAAUAACAGGGAGAAAACCGAUUGAAGUAAAAAGGCCUUCAGGGGAAGAGAAUUUGGUUCUAUGGGCUAAACCUCUACUGCAGAAGGGAAAAGGAGCCAUCGAAGAGUUGCUUGAUCCACGGAUUAAGUAUACUUUCAGAGAGACGGGACAAAUUACCCAAAUGAUUCAAGCUGCCGCCGCCUGCGUAAGUAACGAAGAAUCACGGCGGCCAGACAUUAAUGAAAUUAUCGGUAUACUUAAAGGUGAAGAAGAGCCAAUUAUAUGUACCAACAAGAAGAAGAGCAAUUUUUCUGGAAUUAUAGAUUGCUACCCUCAACUACAACAGACGAAAAGCGAGAUGAAUAGUCACUUAGCUUUGGCAAUGCUAGGAGUUUCGGAACUCGAAGACGACGAUCACCUUUAUUGUCGUUGAAGCAAGGUCAUUAAUUUAACUAUAUCUGAUUUUUCUUUUUCUUUUUUGGUGUUUUGUUGAUUCCUUGCAUAGGAAGUCUUAGAAAUGAGAUUUGAAAAGAGUGUUAGAAAGUUGUAAAUAGAAGGAAUCGAGUGAGAAACUUGUGUAAAUAGAUAUACCUUCCCUUCUUUGGGGAGAAAGGUGCCACUAGAUUUUUGUUUGAAAGUUUUAGAUCUUCCCAUUUCACAGACUAGAUCAUGUGUUUUUAAGGGUCUGCUUGAUGAUCAAUAGAUCAUGGAUUCGAAUUAUUUAA